UUCAGUUUUCAUGUUGGCAACCAUUACAGAUUCAAUCCUCAUUUCAGAUUAAACCCUACUCUCCCUGUUUUAUCAUAUUCAUAUCCCAUACCCUUUUCUGAAUAGUAGGGUUUGAAAAAAGAAAAAGAUCCAAGAUGAAAGCCAUGAAAGGAAGAGUCUUGAAGAAACUCAAGCUCAUUAACCCAACAAUCACCACCUUCAAACAAGGUCUAAUCCUUCACUUAAACCACUCACACAACCAAAAUACUCAUACCCAGUUACCAGUUCGCAGAAAUAUUCAAAAUGUUUAUAAUCCCAUGGCUGAUCAUCAACAGGUCAUUAAAGAUGAUCAGAAAGAUGAAGAAACUGAGUCUGAUGAUCAGAAUUACUUGAGUAGUCAUGGUGACCAAGAUGACAUCUCAGAACCCUCCAUAGAGCAUUGCAAGGACACCUUGGAAGAUAACAAAAGCACUGCUGAUCAAGAUAAUGAGAACCAGUCUUUACCAGAAUUUGAAGAGAAAUGUCCUCCGGGAGGAGAAAACACAGUCAUCUUCUACACGACGAGUUUGAGAGGGAUAAGGAAGACAUUUGAGGAUUGUCACAGCAUCAGAUUCUUGUUAGAAAGCUUUCGAGUAACGUUCCACGAAAGAGAUGUUUCGAUGGACUUGGAGUACAGAGAGGAGCUAUGGCGGAUUCUUGGUGGCCGAGUGAUUCCUCCAAGGCUUUUCAUAAAGGGAAAGUACAUAGGUGGAGCUGAUGAAGUUGUGGGUUUGCACGAGCAAGGCAAGCUCAAGAAGCUGCUGCAAGGCAUAUCAGGUUUAGGUGUUUAUAAUGGUCCCUGCCAUGGCUGUGGAAACAUAAGGUUCUUGGUCUGUUCCUCCUGCAAUGGCAGUCGGAGAAUAUUUGCAGAUGGGGAGAUGAUGGGAGCUGUUCGUGAUCAUGAAUUGUGUAUUAGAUGUCCUGACUGUAAUGAAAAUGGAUUGGUUAAAUGCCCAGUUUGUGUAUGAAGACCUUUUACCUCUAUGAUUCUACAUUCCUUUCUUAAUUUCUAGUCUUUUCUUUCUUCAUCUUUGUAAUAUCUCUAUCUGAUUGUACUUAAAUUAAU